UUUUCGAUACAGAAUGAUAAAGCGUUUUGUAACGUCGAUAACGAUUCGGAUUACUCGAGAGUUUUCGUAGGAAACGUCACCAUUGGAAAAGCGAAAGACUAGAUUCAUUGUGACACAGUCAACAUGCCAUGGAUUGAGGGUAUAGGAGAUGAAGUGACCAUUGGUGUUUCAGUUCUUCUAGGUCUUUGUAUACUGUUUGUUGCCUGGCUGUCUACAGGAAUAAGAGAGAUACCAUUUAUUAGUGUGAUUAUUGUGCAGCUGACUCGACGCAGAGAAGUGCAAACUGAAAAUAGCAAUACAAAUUCCAACACUGAAAAUGUAGAAUCUGUAAACAAUUCAAGUGGAGACAAUGCUGAAAAUGCAGAUCAAGGGGAGGCAACUCAAUCUACAAGUGAGACUGUAGUUGACUCCAGUAAGGAUACUGCUGGUAGGACAGAAGUUGAAAAGGAGAAUACAAGGGAAAAAUCAGAACCGGUUGCUUCUGGAAGUGUCUCAGAUUUGGGAACGUAUAUCACAGAAACAGGAGAAGUACAGAAAGAUUCUAAACAGACAAAUAAUGAAACAGAUAACACUGAUUUAGAUACUGUUGAUAACAUUGAACAAGAAACUGAUGCCUCUAAUGAAGCUGUCAGCGCGGAAUUUGAGCCUGAAAUUUGUCCUGUUUCAAAUACAGAACUUAGAGAAAGAAGAAUUAAUUUCUUUUCUAGCCAGACACCAGGGAAAGUGCCUUGUGACAAUCAGUCGUUGAAUCAGUCUGAAGAGAAAUGUCCUGAAAGUGAUAGAACAAACAGUGAAAGUAAACCUUCCAGUGACGUAAAGCCAAAAUCUUUGUCCAAACUUGCUUCUGAUCUUUUAUCUGAACCCUUACUCUCAAACAACAGCCCUAGUAAUGAUUCUGUCAGUGUUAAUAGUGAACCCGCAGAUACCAGCAUUAACAGGGAUUCUGCUGAACAAUCUGGUUCCCAGUCUGAAACAGGAAGUGGUUUGCAGGAUCCCGGGUUGGAACCUGGCGAAAUAAGAGUGAGGAUAAAAUUCCUUAAUGAUACCCAGAGAUUGGUGACUGCUCUUGCAACAGAAACUAUUGGCAACUUCAGAAGGAGACAUUUUUCGAUGGAACUAUCCCAAUCAAAGUUAGUGCGUUUUAUUUUUAAUGGACAAGACUUACGCAAUGACUCUUCAACAUUACAGAGCUACAAUAUCGGUGAUAAUAGUGUCCUUCACUGUUUAGUAACGCAACCACCUGCGGAACAGCAUGCUGGUAACCAUGGUGAUGACGAGGGAUUAGAUAUUGGCGUCUUUAUGUUUCCCUUAUUCGGCCUUCUACUUGGCAUUGUUUGGUAUAUGCGAUUCAUGUAUCGUCAGUUCUUCAAUGUGACGUCGACGUUGACACUAGGCGGAAUAACUUUCUUGUUUUUAGCUGCGUUCAUGUCUUACGUUAGAGGGCAGAGGAAUCAUGAACAUAUUGAUUGAUGCUUGUAGCUUGUGUUAAAGCCAUUAAUUUACAGACGGGGUUAAAUUGUUCAGUAUUUUAUCACAUUAACAGAGAGUGACAAAAAUGCAUCAUUUUUCAUUAAUUCACAUAACAAAAGAAAAUGAAAAUUGACAUUAUAAUUACUGGUUUGCUUGUGAGCCAGGUGAACAAAGUUUUUAGUGAACAGCGAUACUUUUGAAUAAUAAAAAUCAUAAUAAUACCAAAAGCAGCUUUAGCUAUAUACAUAUUUAGUUACUGGCUAUUUUUUGUCAAGCCCACUUGCAGAAGCGAAGACACAGUGUUCCAAAUGACUGUUCGGUGUAUGCGUCUGUCCAUCCGGAUUUGUUUGCCCAGACCAUAACUUUGACAUGCAUGGAGCAAUCUUGUUUAUAUUUGGCAUGAAUGUUAACCUCAGUGAGAUGGAGUGUCAUGCACAAUUCCCAGGGUCCUAUCUCAGAGGUCAAGGUCACAGUUGGAGGUCAAAUGUCAUGUCAGAUCUUGUCUGGUCCAUAACUUUUACAUGCAUUGAGGAAUCCUGUUUAUAUUUGACAUGAAUGUUUAACUCAAUGAGACGGAGUGUCAUGGGCAAACCCCUGAUUCCUAUCAUAAAGGUCAAGGUCACAGUUAGGGGUCAAAUGUCAUUUUAGAGUUUGUCCAGGCCAUAACUUUGAUAAGUAUGGAGCAAUCUGUUUUUCUUUGGCGUAAAUGUUCAGGGCUGUAACUUUGCCAUGCAUAAAGCAUUUUUUUUUAUUUUGCAUAAAUGUUUGCCUCAAUAAGAUAGAGUGUCGCAUGCAACUCCCAGUCCUUUUGACAGCUGGUGGGCUUGACAUGUUGCCCAUGGGCAUCUAGUUUUACUAAAAAUCUGUGAGUAUUUAAACUCUUUACCACAAAAAGUUUUAAAGAUAAAAUAGUUUGAGGGGGAUUAUGGAAGGGAGGGGAAUGGAUCUGUAUGUUCUAUUUGAUUUCAAGUAAAAUGAUGCACUGGUAAAAUUUUGCAUGUAAAAAUAUGCAUUUAUCCACAUGGGACAUAUUUAAGAUUUUGCAAUUGAGACAACUACCUGUACUUUCAAUUGUUUAGUAAUUGUAAGUUAGAAGUGAUGUGAUUCAUUUCAUUGUAAGUUCUAGAAGAUAGAUAGAUAGAUUUAUUUCAACAUAAAAUGUACAAUUUACAUGGCGACUUAUAAUUAAAACAUACAAUCAAACAAUAAACAAUUAUGUAUGAAUUAAUAUAGCCAUGUCAAUCAACAUUAUAUGUUAAGGAUCACACAAAAAAGAGUUAAAAUAAACUCUUAUUUCCAUUGUGGUCCUUAAGAUAUAGUAUUGUAUGACAUAGGAAGAAUAAUUUAUCACAGUAAAAAAAAUAAACACAGCAAAUGCCCGAAGAUAAGUUUGUAUAAAAAUCCUUUGCUUAAAAAUGAUUGACUAGUAUAAAAAAUUAUUGACUAGUAAAAAAACACAAUGCAAAAAUCUAUCUAUAAUGCAAUCUAACUAAAAGUCAUAUUAAGCUUAAAAAAUGUUCCUUAACCUUACGUUUAAAUGAAUACAUGGUUGUGGCAUCCCUAACAUUUUGUGGCAGACUGUUCCAUUAUAAACAACAACCAUUAUAAGCAAAUGUUUUUUUCCCAAAACCUUUGACCACUGGGAGAGCAUAUCUCUUACUAUCUGACAUUGAAAAACCUGUACCAUCAAAGGAGGCAUUUGCCUUUGCUCUGAACCUUGUGGGAUAAUCAUGAACAGUAUUGAUAGGGGUAAAGUGUUCACUUAAAUAUGAAGGAGCAAAAUUAGAAUUUAUUUUAUAAACAUGACAGAGUUAUUUGAUUAACUCUACUUGAAACUGGAAACCAGUUAAGACGUGAAAAAUGCUUAAUUCUAAUGUGUGACAUGGGAUUUAAAUUCAACACAAAACGUAUAAGUUUAUUUUGUGUGACCUGUAACUUGUGUUUUAAUUCCUGUGUUAAACUAUUAAACCAAGUAGACGAGGCAUAGUCGAAAUGACAUUGUACAAGUGAUGUAACUAAGAGCUUUUUUGUGUGCAAAGUGAGGAAUUAACUUUUACGGUAGAGGAAUUUUAACCGAGCAUUGGAUUUCUUAAUAAUAGACCUAGCCAUUGACUCAAAUGACAAACUUUGAUCAAUGGUUGCACCAAGAUAUUUAACUGAAGAUUUAGAUUCAAUAGUUUGACCAUUGCAAUUUAUAUCAAGAUUACCAUGUUUUUUUAACCUUUGCACUGACCCAAAGUCUUACCAAGGUGAAGAGAUAGUUUAUUAUAUACAAGCCAUUGACUGACAAUAUUCAGAUCCUGACUUAAGAGAUUUUCAAUAUCACACUUGUUUUUGGCAGACACAAGAAUUGCUGAGUCAUCAGCAUAGAGAAGCAGCUUGUUUUUUACAACAGCUGACAUGUCAUUCACAUAAAUAAGAAAAAGCAGAGGACCUAAUAUAGAUCCCUGGGGCACACCACAUGUUAUAUUGGCAGAAGAAGACAAAGUACAUGAUAUUUCAACCAAUUGGUGUCUAUCAGACAAAUACGAAGAAAACCAUCUGAUAGAGGACUCUGUGAGACCCAAUGCUCUUAGUUUCAUUAAAAGAAUUGAGUGGUUGAUGGUAUCAAACACCUUUUGUAGAUCUAAAAGAACCAUACCCACAAGAUGACCUUUAUCCAUCUGAAAACGAAUAUAAUCUGUGAAAGGAUGUGUUUUUAUAGAAACACAAUGUAUAGCCUGAACAAAAUUUAGAAAGAUUCCAUACUGCAUAUAAGUCACUCCAGGAAUAAUUUGUAUCUAAAUGUGUAUAUUUUAUGUAAAAUAUGUUCACAACCCUGAAAUUACAGAAAUUUGACCUUAAUGUGUAUUUUCUAUGUACAAACAGUCUUACCUGUAAUUAUGAUUGAUUUGUUGGGGGAGAUUCACUGCUCAUAGUUAUAUUGGUUUUUACAACACUUAAAAAAAAGACAGUUGCACUUAUUCUUAACCUUUAGCCUGCUGGUGGCGAAUAUUUCAGCCUUUGCGACCAGUGCAGACCAAGAUCAGCCUGCACAUCUGUGCAGUCUGAUCAUGGUCUGCACUGUUCGCUAUUCAGUCAGUAAAUUUUCAGUGAACACCCCUUCAAAUAAUAAAAUGGUAUUGCCCAAAUUUAAUGAUGGACCAGUCCAUUUAGGAAAUUUAGCAAGCUAAGGGUUAAGAACAUUGUUCAACAAGAUCACAUGAUUUAUUUGCUGUUAACAGCACAUUUGAUUAUUAUUCAGUUUUGAUAUGUGAAUACUUAAAUUAUAGAAUAAUUAAGAAUUGUAUUUUUAUCUUGACUAUUUAAAGAAUAUGUAGAGCUAAUGAUCUCAUCUGUUUGUCUACAUUGGUGUCCUGAUUUGGUUAAGCUUUCGUAUGUAAACUUGUUUCUCAGUAACCUACAUUGGAAGUGGAUUGAAAUUUCACACACUAGUCUUGUUCUUGUGAUGGUCUGAUUUGCAAUGCCCCGGUUUCAACUUGAAAUUUUUGUAUGUCAGUUGGUGUCUCGGUAACUGCCAAUGGGAACAGUCUGAAAUUUCACACGAUGGUUCACUAUGAUGAUUUGGCAUUUUCUGCACAUGUUCCAUAAUUCUACUUUUCUUUUUUGCAAAGUUAUGCUCCUUUUUUGACUUAGCAAUUUUUGGUAUGUUUUUUGUUUGUUUGUUUGUUUGUUUGUUAGCUUGUGUCACAGUUACCACUCAUGGGUGAUGUUAAAAGAAAAAAUUUUCUCUUAAAACCACUAAAUUUAAAGGGAAGUAAUUUCAUUUAUAAAAUAAAACAUUUUGUAAGUCUCCUUAGGUAUAUAGCCUUGUUUUAAAUGUUUAAUAAAAAAUGUUAGAAUUUGUUAAAGAAGUCAUCUUUGAUCUCUUAAGUUUGACCUUGACUUGAGAAAGGGGCAUAGGUUUUACAUGUGACACAUAUCAUGUUCUGGUGAAUGAUUUUGCCAAGUUAUAACUAGGGCUGGGACGAUUUCAAAAUUUUGAAACCGGUUAAUCAUUUGUUUGAAAUCGAAUCGAACCGGUUAAUCGGCCGCCAUAUUAAAAAUGCUGUUUUUUUCCUGACGACCUUAUUAAGGUACUUCCAGUAGCUGACUUCAUUAGGAACUUACCAACUUGAUCGUUUGCAAGCAGUGUGACAAUUAAUAAGUCAUAUUUUGGUGUAUUUUAUUUCAAAUAUAUCACAACAUGCAAAUCUCAGACUACUGAUUAUGUUCAGUUGAUGUGUUUUUGCGGAAAUAUACUGUGGAUCUAUGUGCUGGUUAAAGAAAUGUAUAAAGAUAAAGAAUGACUCGUGAUGUUUAUUGUUUGAGAGCGAUUACCGAUUUUGCAAAAUUGAAACCGGUUUCACAUAGUAAUCGAAUCGAAUCCGAUUAACCGAGUAAUCGUCCCAGUCCUAGUUAUAACAAUAUCAAUCCAUGGAUAAAAAAGUGAAAGUUUAGACCAUCUUUGAAUUUUUGAGUAUGGCUUGGACCUUUAAGCAAGUGGCCGUGGGUAUGUACGUAACACAUAGUCUAUGUAUGAACACAUGUGCCAUGUAAGAUCAAAAUCCCUUGAUAGAUGGUAGAGUUGUGGACCAGGUGAAAAUGGGGCAUUCUAACAGACUGACAGACAGAUGAGGUGUAAACCUGUAGUUUGAUGAAAUUGGUUUGCAAACAGUAGCGGACUAAUAAGUGAAAUUAGAAGUGUUUGCUGUAUAUGCUUGGGGUAGAGGAAUUAAGCCAAAGAGUGGUAAAAAAUUUGCAAUUAGGAAAAAAAAACCCAACUGUGUAGUUUUUCAUGAAACUUACUUUCAAGUCAACCAUUUUCUGUCAAGCUUUUUAGUAGUAAUAAUGACAAUAAUGUCUAUUUCAAGAAUCAACACAGUUGGACAUGGCCAGUCUUCGCUGUGAGCCAUGCAGUUAAUGUUUUAUGGUAAUGGAUCUGUAAUGACAAUAAGCAAUUUCUGUGUGAUUUUGUAUUCUUGUUGGCUAGUUUGCCAUUUUCAGCAGAAAUUGUUAUCUAUUUUCUGAGACUGUCGAGAAUAGAAUUUGGAGAAUAUGACUGGAUUUUCCUAUUGCCAGUAUGAGUCCACUACCUUUAAUUAACUACUACUAGUACCCAACUUUGUAUCUGUAAAAUCAGAAGCUGUUGAAAAUAGCAUAUGAAGAAUACAGUAAGAAACUGAACAUGUCCAUUGUUAUUAUUGGUUCAUAACCUUAAGCAAACUACUACUCAACUCUGUUUUAUUUUGUUAUUCAGUUAGUUGUCUCGGUCAUAACCUCUUGUCGUAGUGUUAAUCUGUAUUCAUUAUUUAUGCAUCACCCUGGUAUAGUAAAUUUGUUUAUCAUUUAUUCAGUCCGUUUUUUUGGUUUUGUUCAAUUGUUGGCUCAUUUAUUCAGUCAGUGUUUUUGGUUUUGUUUAAUUGUUGGCUCAUUUAUUGUUUUUGAAGUGAUACUGGACUUAAUAGUUUAAUUGUUGUUAUGUUAUAAUAUGCAGAAGAUUAAUCAUGUUAUAAAUUAUUAUAUUUUGUUCAUAAUUGUGUUAUUGUAAAUAUUUAUGUUAUUAAAGUUGAACAUGGCUAGUUUGAAAAAAAAUCCUCAUGUAUAAUAUCAUUGUCUCAAAAUUCAUGUUGAUCCUGUUUCUUCAUGAAACAUUUAAGUUACACCUGGUCAAGCACUAACCUUACCUUUUUGUUUAUAUUGCUUGAAAUUCCGUAAUACUGCCAUUACAAUUAAACAUGAAGCCAAAUACUU